AUUGAAACCAACCCUAAGCUCUUUUUAUCUCCGCCCUAAAGGUAGCCUCGAUUAUUGCUGACUUAAGCAUCGGAGUGUCUACCCCGAGUUCAACCUCGGGGCUUUGCAGCAUAUAUGAAAUCAAAGGAAGAAAAAAGGGGUUUCUACUUGAUUUUAUGAACAAUAGAUCACACAUCAAACACAGCCAAGAUUAAACCCACAAGAGAUUCUUACAUUGGAAUCUUGCAAAUCAAAGAUCAUGGGUCUUCUUUGCUCGGUUCAAUGCGUUUAUUCAAUAAAUUGAAGGAGAAAUCUAACCAAGAAUUACCUGUCUGUUUUCGACGGAGAUUGAAUGUUAUAGCCAUUGCCAAUCAAGCUCGAAAUUGUAACUCCAGUGAGAUGUCAUCUAUCAUGGCCUCAAUGGCUACAUUGCAGCAGAGGAAGACAAUGGUGGAGGUGCAAAAAACCGAUGUCGUCUACUACAUCUGGGUUGCAGUGGACGCAUAAGAGGAAGAAUCUACUGGAAGAAGUUGGGCUAGGAGAAGAGACGAGCUAGCUUGGAGAAUCUAAAAUGGUGAGCGAAAUAGAGGGAGAGGAAAAAU